UUCUCAUGAUUUUUCUCAUAUGCUUCUCCUCGAGCCAUGGAUGAAUACAGCUGCUUUGUGGAUUGGGACAAAAUGGAUGUUACUGUCCAGAGCCAGGAUGCAAAGGACCUAACCUGCACGGAGUUCCAGGAACUCAAGCAGCUGGCCCGACAAGGCUACUGGGCCAAGAACCAUUCUCUGAGAGCCAAAGUGUACCACAAGCUAAUUAGCAAUAUCCCAUGCCGCACAGUGACCCCGGACGCAAAUGUUUACCGUGACAUUGUUGUGAAGAUUGUUGGAAAGCGUAACAGUAACUCCCUGCCACCACCAGAGUUUGUUGACGACAGCCUCGUCCCUACGUACUGCUUGAAUGCUGAAGGCAUUGGGGCAGUCAGGAAGAUUAUUUUGUGCGUUGCAAAUCAGUUCCCAGACAUAUCGUUUUGCCCAGCGCUGCCUUCUGUGAUAGCUUUGCUCCUUCACUACAGCAAGGACGAGGCAGAGUGUUUUGAACAGGUUUGCCGCAUCCUUGCUUGCAAUGACCCUUCUAAGCGGCUCAUUGAUCAGACAUUCCUAGCCUUUGAGUCCUCGUGCAUGACUUUCGGGGACCUGGUUAACAAGUACUGUCAGGCAGCACACAAGCUGAUGGUGGCAGUGUCUGAGGACGUGUUAGAGGUAUACUCGGACUGGCAGCGGUGGCUCUUCGGAGAGCUGCCCAUGACAUACAUUGCUCGGGUCUUUGACGUGUUUCUGGUGGAGGGCUACAAAGUUCUCUAUCGGGUUGCACUGGCUAUUCUGAAAUUUUUCCACAAAGUCAGAGCUGGGCAGCCCAUGGAGUCUGACAGCAUACAGCAGGAUAUUCGAGCUUUUGUGAGAGACAUUGCGAAGUCAGUGUCUCCAGAGAGGCUUCUGGAAAAAGCCUUUGCUAUCCGCCUUUUCUCACGGAAGGAGAUCCAGCUGCUGCAGAUGGCCAACGAGAAGGCUUUACAGCAGAAGGGCAUCACAGUCAAACAGAAAAGGUAGGGGUCUCCCCACAGGUAGUCCGAGUGGUCUCCACAAACCUGAGAUCCUGAGCUUUUCUAAGUAAUGAACGGUCCGCUAGUCUUGCGUGCCUGGCGGAGGAGAAGAAGAGCUCUGCUGGUGCAUGCUGAUACCUCUGCUGACUUUUUCUGUGCGGACUUGGUUAGAAAAAGUCAGCAGCCCAAAAAUCAAGCGUUGCUGGGACUGAACUGAGAAGUGUGAUGAAUUC